GCCCACGUAAAAGGACGUGGAAGAAGGAAGCUUCUUGCCUGCCCGCGGGCCCUGUAAGUUCUCCCCUAUCCCUGAGGCAUUCCAUUGCUGGUGUUAGAACCUACUGCUUCAGGAUUCCAACGCAGCUCUCCAGGACCUCCCUGGGACUCUAGCACCAAACUGAGACAGCUGACAAAUUCAGUCUUGUGGACAACUUACUGGAUCUUUGACUUUUCCAUCAGGAGACAGCUGCUGUUGGACUACUCAGACCACAAGCCUCCCCCAAAGCCAAGAAAUGGCUAAGGAGCGCCAAGAGGUGAUAGUGCUAGGGGGACCCCACAUCUCAACUACUGCGACCACCACCACCACCGUAAACAUGCCCGUUGAGGUCUCCGAGCCCGACUACGUGACCUGGUCCAUGUUCAACACACUCUUCAUGAACUUCUGCUGCCUGGGUUUCAUAGCCUAUGCCUACUCAGUGAAGUCUAGGGACAGGAAGAUGGCAGGUGAUAUGACUGGGGCCCAGAGCAACGCCUCCACUGCCAAGUGGCUGAACAUCAGUGCCCUGAUUUGCAGUGUCCUUAUGGCCAUUGUCAUCAUCAUUUUUUAUGCCACUAUGAUCUUCUAGCAACCUCACAGUAGAAAACAUUCUGGGACCUUCUAGUCUUGCUUUGUGUUCCACUGUCCACAGCUGCCCCAAACCCUAGUCUUAGUCCUGACCAUUGACCCCACAUCUGUCCACAGUGGGUUCAAUAAAGUGCAUGUGCUCUGACUCUG